AUGGACAUUAUAUCUUUAAGUUUUGAUAAUCUCUUCUCUCGUCAUGCUGUUGACAAAGAGGGGGAGAAAGACUUGGAUGUUGCUGCUGCUGUCCCUACAAUACUAGCCGAUGCUGAUGCUCAAAGAGCUGAAGCAAAUGAAGCCGAGGUUGUUGAUGAUGCCGUCAGAGUUGAUGCUCAAGCUCAAGAUGAGGACCUUCCUAUCACCCCUGUAACUGGUGUUGGUGAUAAGGAAGAUGAUGAUGAUGAUGAUGAUGAUGAUGAAUCUCCAUCCCUUCCUGACGCUGGAAAAGAUCUUGGUGGUGAUGAUAAUGAAGACGACGAUGACGACGACUUCACCAUUUAA